CGACUGCACCAAUAUGGCCGUAGCUUCCGAGUUUCGCUGCUAGUGUGCGGUGGCCACAUAGGUUUCAGUGUAGAACAGAGUAUUUUGCAACAGCAUUAAAGUUUCAUUUUAAUUUUUUUGUUGUUUGUUGUGUAUAUUUACUGUUAUUUUACUGUUGAUGUGAUAGGAAAUAUUAUAUUUUAUGUGUCCGUCGUCAGCAGAUUCAUGCGACGACAAAAUGGCGACGCAUAACGAAAUUUUGCUGCAAAUAGUUUUUUCUCAUUUUAUCUGCUCAUCUUAAUAAUAAGCUUUAAAUUGAUUUAAAAAGUGGUAUGCCAGUUUUAUCUCAAUGAAAUUAUUGGUUUCUUUAAGUCUCAAGAUCUACAUUAUAUAAGAAAUAGUGUUUUCAACAAAUCUCCAGCAAAAUGCACCAGAAAGGAUCCAUGAAUGAAUCAGGAAGUGAAUCUAGGAGUGAAAAGGGAAAUAAAAGUGAUUCCAGUGGAUCUGGUUCAGGAAGUGAAAGUGAUAGUGGAUCAAGUUCAUCUGGCUCUGGUUCUGGUUCAAAUCGUUCGGGAUCUCACCGGUCUGGGUCCCGCCGAUCAGGUUCAUAUAAGUCAUCAGGUGGAGAAGGUUCACAUCACAGCAACCACACAAAGUCUUCACCUAAGUUUGGCAAUGUUAACUCCUCAAGAUCAGAUCAUCAAAAUAGUGACAAAGAUUGGUCAGAUGAUGACACACCUUCUAAAUCAAAGUCCAGAAAUAAUCACAAUAGUAAGGUGAAGUCUGAUCUUUGGGAAGACAAUCCUGAUAUUUAUGGCAUAAGAAGAUCAGGCAGAUCUCGCAAGGAACCAGACAGACUUAAAGUAGCUGAUAGUGAUUCAAGUGAAAGAGGAAGAAGCCACAGGAAAAGCAGAAAAAAGAGCAACUCUUGGAAUUCGGACAGUUCUGGAAGUGAGAGUGACUUACAAGGAUCUCCUCCUCCCCCAUCAAAGCGCCCAGGCCAAAGAAGCAUACCAUUACGAAAUAAAAAGCCAUCAAGAAGAAAGUUUACUAGUGAUGAAGAUGAAAGCACUGAAGGAUCUGGCUCGGACACAAAAAGCCGCACAGCUACCAGGCGCACUGGUGCAGCAGCAGUUAGUUAUAAAGAAGCUAGUGAUGAACAGACCGACUCAUCAGACCUAUUGGAGGUGGAGGGUGGCGAGGAAGCUGAUGCUGAGCCAGAACCUGAGGAUCACAGUGAAACCAUAGAAAGGGUUCUUGGUGUAAGAAGGGGGAAAAAAGGAGUCACUGGGAAUGUGACUACAGUUUAUUACAUCGAGGAGAAUGGAGAUCUAAAUGAAGGAUGUAAUCCUGAUGAUGCCGAUUCGACGGAACCACAGUACCUGAUCAAGUGGAAGGGUUGGUCCCACAUCCACAACACUUGGGAGUCUGAAAAGUCACUCAAUGAACAAAAAGUUAAAGGCUUGAAGAAACUAGAGAACUAUAUAAAAAAGGACGCUGAGCUUUCGUGGUGGAGAAAUCAGGCUGGACCAGAAGAUAUUGAUUACUUUGAAUGUCAGUCAGAAUUGCAACAGGAAUUGGUGAAAACUUAUUGUUAUGUUGAAAGGAUUAUAGCUGAACAAACACGUGAACUAGAGGGCGGUGGCACGGCCCGGGAAUAUUUUUGUAAAUGGGAAUCGUUACCAUACGCCGACGCUACAUGGGAAGAUUCAGCCCUCAUUGAGAGGCGAUGGCCAAAAGAAGUAGAAAAUUUCAAGUACAGAGAAGCAGCAAAAACUACUCCGUCAAGACACUGCCCUGUACUCAGGAGAAGACCAAAGUUCCAUCAAGUGAAGGAACAGCCCGAAUAUAUGGGUAAAGAUGCGACAUUUGUGUUGAGAGAUUAUCAAAUGGAUGGUUUGAAUUGGUUGAUUCAUUCAUGGUGUAAGGAGAAUUCGGUAAUCCUUGCUGAUGAAAUGGGUUUAGGAAAAACUAUACAGACGAUUUGUUUUUUAUACUACCUUUUUAAAUCUCAAUCGCUGUAUGGCCCAUUUCUUUGUGUCGUCCCACUGAGUACUAUGACUGCGUGGCAACGCGAGUUCGUGCAAUGGGCGCCUGAUAUGAAUGUCGUCACAUACAUCGGCGAUGUCGGCAGCAGAGAUAUUCUUCGCCAAUUUGAAUGGAGUUUUGCCAGUUCAAAGAGACUAAAGUUCAAUGCGAUAUUGACUACAUAUGAGAUCUUGCUGAAAGACAGACAGUUUCUAAGAUCAUUCAGCUGGGCGGUUUUACUAGUCGACGAGGCCCAUAGACUAAAAAAUGAUGAUUCUCUGUUGUACAAAGCACUGAAGGAAUUUGAUACCAAUCAUCGACUAUUAGUCACGGGCACUCCGUUACAAAACUCACUGAAGGAAUUAUGGGCAUUAUUACACUUCAUUAUGCCUUACAAAUUUGAAACGUGGGAAGAGUUUGAAAAAGACCAUGAAGAUGCGGCGACUAAAGGCUACGAAAAGUUGCACAAACAACUCGAGCCUUUCAUUCUGAGAAGACAGAAGAAAGAUGUGGAAAAGUCCUUACCUGCUAAGGUUGAACAAAUUCUCAGAGUAGAAAUGACUUCCAUUCAAAAGCAAUACUACAAGUGGAUUCUUACAAAGAAUUACAGUGCCUUGAGGAAAGGAGUUAAAGGGUCGAUCAAUACCUUUAUAAACAUUGUGAUAGAGCUGAAGAAGUGCUGCAAUCAUGCACUAUUGACAAAGCCAGAGGACUACGAAACCAGAGCGUCGCUAGCGACCACUGAUGCAGUUGAAAAACUACUGAGAGGCUCAGGAAAGUUGCUGCUCCUCGAUAAACUACUCUGCAGGUUGAGAGAAACAGGGCACAGGGUUCUUAUUUUCUCUCAGAUGGUCAGGAUGUUAGACAUUCUAGCGGAAUACCUGCAAAGGCGACACUUUCCUUUCCAACGCCUGGAUGGAAGCAUAAAGGGAGAAAUCAGAAAACAAGCCCUUGAUCACUUCAAUGCAGAAGGAUCAACCGACUUCUGUUUCCUUCUGUCGACCAGAGCAGGUGGUCUAGGAAUCAAUUUAGCCACCGCAGACACUGUGAUAAUUUUCGAUUCAGACUGGAAUCCCCAAAAUGACCUCCAAGCUCAAGCGCGAGCUCACCGUAUUGGACAGAAAAAUCAGGUGAACAUUUAUCGGCUAGUUACAGCCAGGUCGGUGGAAGAGGACAUAGUGGAACGAGCGAAGCGGAAGAUGGUUCUAGACCACCUGGUGAUCCAGCGCAUGGACACCACAGGACGCACGGUGCUCAACAAGCGAGACGGGGGCACGGCCGCCACCACCGCCAACAACCCCUUCAACAAGGAAGACUUGAACGCCAUACUGAAGUUUGGCGCCGAGGAACUGUUCAAGGAUGAUGAUGAAAAUGAUGAAGAACCAGUUUGUGACAUUGAUGAAAUCCUCCAACGAGCCGAGACACGGGAUGAGGGUCCCACGAUGGCCGGGGACGAACUGCUGUCGGCCUUCAAAGUUGCCAGCUUUGCCUUUGAUGAGGAUAAAGCAGUCAUGGAGGUCAAGAAAGAAAACAACGAAGAAGAAAGCAAAGACUGGGACGAUAUCAUUCCCGAAAAUGUGCGGAAGACCAUUGCUGAGGAAGAGAAGAAUAAAGAAAUGGAAGAUUUGUACCUGCCUCCUAGAAGAAAGAAUUUGCAGCAAAAUAAUGCUGAUUCUAAAGGUCGCGGCGGCCGGCACAGCCGCACGUCGGGCGACAACGCGGACGGCGACAACGGCGACGACGGCGACGACAGCUACGCCUCGGAGGGGGACGCCAGCGCCGACGACGACCGGCCCCGGAAGCGCGGCCGCCCGCCCGCCUCGCACCGGGAGAAGAUCAAGGGGUUCACUGAUCAAGAGAUUCGGAGGUUUGUCAAGAGCUACAAGAAGUUUUCCGCUCCGUUGAAGCACCUGGACAGCAUUGCGUGUGACGCGGAGCUGCAGGAGAAGCCACUCGCUGAACUCAAGAAAUUAGGAGAGACUUUACAAGAAAGAUGUAAACAAGUGUUGAAUAGCACCAAUGAAACCACAGAGCCUAGUGAUGGGCGGAAGAAUGCUCGUAAGACAUUCAAGCUGGGCGGCGUGCCCGUGAACGCGAAGACGCUGGCGGCGUGCCAGGACGAGCUAGCUCCGCUCGACGACUUCUUGCCACAAACAAAGGAAGAACGGCUAAAAUGGCAACUUGAUUUCAGAACGCGACCAGCUAACUUCGAUAUUGAAUGGACUGUAGCAGAUGACUCCAAACUACUUGCAGGCAUUUAUCAGUACGGCAUGGGUUCCUGGGAGGCCAUAAAGAUGGACUCCUCCUUCGAAAUAGGCGAUAAAAUACUUACCAAUGAGGACAAGAAACCCCAAGCAAAGCAUUUACAGUCAAGAUCAGAGUACCUGUUAAAAUUAAUUAAGAAAUUGUUAGAUCAAAAGAAUGGCAAGCAAAAACAAAGAAAGCCUAGAAUGAAGAGGGGAGCGAAAGAACCUGUUACUAAGGACAUCGUUGAAGAUGACAUUAGUUCAGGGGAGGAGAAUAAGAAAUCUAAUAAGACUGCCAAUAAAAAUGAUAGUAAGAAUAAAUCGAAAUUAGAAGACUUUUCAACUCAUGAUGAAACAUCCCAAGAUGUAAAGGCGAAAGACAAGAAACGCACAAGAAAGGAUGGCAAAGAUCGGUCUAAAAACGACAAGGCAAAAGGUCGCAAGAAAAACGCUGGACCCAUGCAUUUCACUGCCAACAACGAACCUAGGGCACUGGAGGUUCUAGGGGACCUUGACCCUUCUGUGUUUGAAGAGUGCAAAGAAAAAAUGCGGCCUGUUAAAAAAGCUUUACGCGCGUUGGAUAAUCCUGAUCAAACCCUAUCAGAGCACGAUCAGGUGACGCGGACGCGGACCUGUCUCACGCAGAUCGGCAGCCAAAUAGAUAUCUGUCUGGACGCCUACCCUGACGCUGAGAAGAAGGUGGAAUGGAGAAGUAAUCUCUGGUAUUUUGUGUCGAAAUUCACAAACUUUGAUGCCAAACAGCUGUACAGGCUAUAUAAAUAUGGACUGAAGAAAAAUGAAGAGGCAUCUAGAGGCAAGCAUAAAGAAAAUAAAAAGACCAACAACAAAAAUAAUAAGAACAACCAUAAUGCAAAUAAUAAUGUUAGAUCACUGAAAAAAGACACCAAAGUAGAAGAAAAUAAUGAAAAGAAAGAAAAGCGGCCAAAGGUAGACAGAGACAAGUCUAGCGAUAAAACGCCACACACCUCCGGCAUCAAGAGAAAACUAGAGGAAGGGGAAUGCGACCCUGAUCCUGGCGAUAGCAAACGACACGAGAGACAUAAACACAAGCACAAGGAUCGCAAGGAUAGAGAUAGGAGCUUGAAGCGGGACGAUUUGUCGUGCAGAGACCGGAGCCGGCCGGAGCGGGAGCGGGAUCGAGAGAGGGACCGGGAGCGAGACCGCGAGAGGGACCGAGACCGGGAGCGCGACCGGGACCGGGAGCGAGAGCGGUCGCGCACGCGACGGGACAGCGGCGGCGCCGGCCCGCGCGUGCGCCCGCCCUACCCACCUGCACAGCACGGCGAGCACGGCGCGCACGCCGCCUGGCCGCCCGCCUACCCCGGCCCGCGCCAGUACCGCACCGACCGCAACCCGAGACCACACGACAAGAGGAGCAGGUACGGCAGUUACAGCGGCAUGGGCACGAACCCGUACGGUGGCUACUACGACAGCGCGGCCAUGCCCAGCAGCAUGGGCUUCCCGCCCGUGCGCUCCUACCCGGACGACUGGCGGGGCUACCCCCCGGCCGACUACCCCUACGACGAGCGCGACUACGACCGCGACACCGUCUAUCGCCGCGACUACGACCGCCGCGCGCCGCCCACCUAAACUCAACCCACUCGUUAAAACUGUAAAUAUUUUUGUACAUACUUAGCUGUAGCGAUCUCUGUAAAGGAUAAGUGACAAAUUGUGCUGUGGUUUUUAUCUGUGUGAUAAGCGAAGCGCAUCGUGUAUUCAGGGAAGCAUGUAGAUAUAAUGAAAUGACUGUUUUAUAAGUGAGAGACUGUAUAGUGAAUUUAUUUAUUGCUAUUCUGCUGAUUAGUGUACAGACUUGUAGACGAAUAACAAUAAUUUUAAUGUAUCAUUUUGUUGCCAAUUUUCCGGUUUAAAUACUAUUUUGUAAUCGUAAUGUUAUUUUUGUAUUUAUUCGAUUCUUCAUCACAUAUUCUUGGAAUUUAAUUAGACAGAUACGCAAGUGAUAUAGUUCAUAGUAAAUGUACAAAAUUUAGCGAUCGUUAGUAGGUUUGCAUAUUAUAAUUAUAAAUAUUUCAAAAUCAUGUGCAAUUUCUAAAACCAGAAAAUUGUGUAAAGCUUUGGUAAUAAGGGCACAUAAACAUUGUCAUUGCAUUUUAGCAGUGGAUAGGGAGUGUUUUAUUUGUACAUUCAUUUCUCGUUCUACAUGCAUUUCUGAGUCCUAAUAGGACUCAAGUCCUAUUUUUAUACAUUAUGUAAAUUCUUAUUCUCUAUUACAUGCAAUAAAAUGUAAUAAGAGUUAAAAUGUCUUAAAAUGGUAUAUACCAUGGUAAUAAAACAUUAAACUUUA